GUAGAGCAGCUGGUGGGAACCAGGAUCUGUGUGUAGAGCGGCCGGUGGGAGCUAGUCUCAGUGUAGAUUCAUUCAUGGGAGCCAGGAUCAGUGCAGGCGGCCUGGUGGGAGCCAGGGUCAGUGUGUAGACUGGCUGGCAGGGACCAGUGUCAGUGUAUAGACUGGUGGGAGCCAGGAUUAGUGUGUAGACCAGUUGGGGAGAGCCAGGAUCAGUAUAUGUACCCACUAGUGGGAAUCAGGGUCAGUGUAGAGAUCUGCUUGUGGGAACCAGAAUCAGUGUAUAAACCUACUGGUGGGAAUCAGAAUCAGUAUAGAUCUGCUGGUGGGAACCAGUGUCAGUGUAUGUAAACCCACUGAUGAGAAUCAGUAUCAGUAUAUAGACCUGCUGGUAGGAACCAGGAUCAGUAUGUAGACCUGCUGGUGGGAACAAUAUUCCUGUAUAGUUCCACUGGUGGUAACCAUGUUGAAGUGAACCCAUUCAUAGGGACUGAAUUGGUAUGGACCAGUUAGUAGGAGUUGUGUUAAUGAGGAUCCAUUAGGAACCAGUAGCAAUAUGGGCCCAUCCUUAUUAUGACCUGUUACAUAUUUGCUUAACCUUGUAAUUCAUUUAGCUGACCAACUUGCCUGUUGAACCAAAACUCUUUCUUCACUAACACUUUAAAUAUAGAAGUUUAAAUUAUAUUACCUUAUAGAAAGUAAAACCAAACGGAUUAAAUAAAGCCCAAAUAUAACAAGAUAAAUUAAGUAGACUGCUGAUUCAGAAAUUAUUUCUUUAUCUGGGCACAAUGGGGUACUCCUGUAGUUACAGCUAUUGGGAGGAUCUGGAGUUGGAGGCUACACUGCUGAACUUGGACCUGUGAAUAGCCACUGAUCUGUAGCCUGGGCAACACAUCAAGACCCUGUUUCAAAACAAACAACAUUUGUAUAAAUUGUUCCUCAAUAAUUGGCAGCAUUUCAAAACUUCUAGAAGACAUACUGGAAUACUGGAAGGUGAAGGAGUUUGUAUACAGAUGUAUAUGUGCAACAUGAGAAGUGGGCCUAUGAAUUUAGAACACUCAUGGAACCAUUUUCAAGGCUAGGUGUUAGAAGGACCCAUUUUACGCCUGAACUGGCAAGGGAGGUGUUCAAAUUAUGUUCAAAGCCAAGAAACAAGCUCAUGUGAACUAGGGCUGCACACUCGAGUGCUUGGGUGUGAUGCAGAGGGCACAGUUGCUCCCAGAGGACUGGUGCAAAGGCAGCACCACAUCCAUGGCUCAUCUCUCAUGAAAUUUUCAAGAAAAGCUGUCAAUUUGGGGGUUUUGAACUAAUGAAAAAUUUUUGAAACACUUUGAGGAUCAAAGAAAUUGUGUUUGUGGGCCAGUAGUUUGUGUCCUCUACAGUGGUGUAUUUAUCAAAGGAAAGUAAUUUUCAUUUGUCCAGAAGAAAUGGAAAGCCAGAUCUUGGAAUGUAGUGUCCCGACAGACUCGAGGAUCAAGUGAUCCUCCUGCCUCCGCCUCCCAAGUGGCUGGGACUACAGGGAGCAGUCUGUCUUUAUAGUCCAUGAACCUCCGUGACAUCAAUGUAGUUAUCAUCCAAAGCACGUCUUUUACUCUACCUCCGAGGAGUCAUCAUGUGGAGUUCCUGGCUGAUCCCCUUCCUCAUGCUGGUGUUGUGGUGCUGCCUCACAGCCUCCAGGCCGCCUGGAGCAGCAGCUCCGCCUGUCGGGCCCAGGGCCCUGGGGACUGACACUGCUGGUCCCAGGCCGCCUCAGCUACACCAUGGCCACCCCAGAUGUGAGCGUCCACAUGGAGGAGGUGGUAGUCGUAACAACCCCGGACACUGCAGUAGAUGGCAGUGGCGUGGAGGGGGUGAAGACGGUGUUGGUGACGACCAACUUGGCUCCUCACGGGGGCGACCUGACGGAGGACCACAUGGAGACGGAGAGUGCAGCCGCCGCAGCUGCUGCUGCCUUCACAGCCUCCUCACAGCUCAAGGAAGCCGUGCUAGUGAAGAUGGCAGAAGAGGGUGAGAACCUUGAGGCUGAGAUCGUGUACCCCAUCACCUGUGGGGACAGCAGGGCCAACUUGAUCUGGAGGAAGUUUGUGUGUCCUGGUAUCAACGUGAAGUGUGUUCAGUAUGACGAGCACGUGAUCAGCCCGAAGGAGUUUGUGCACCUAGCAGGGAAGUCCACCCUGAAGGACUGGAAGAGGGCCAUCCGCAUGAACGGCAUCAUGCUCAGGAAGAUCAUGGAUUCUGGGGAGCUGGACUUCUACCAGCAUGACAAGGUCUGCUCCAACACCUGCCGCAGCACCAAGAUUGACCUAUCAGGGGCCCGCGUGGCCCUUAGCAGCCCUGCAUCUGCCGAGUACAUCCCCAUCACGCCUGCUGCGGCUGAUGUGAAUGGGUCUCCUGCGACCAUCACUAUAGAGACCUGUGAAGACUCUGGCGACUGGACGGCGACCAUCGGAGAUGACACAUUUGCCUUCUGGCGGGGUCUGAAGGACGCAGGCCUGCUGGAUGAGGUUGUGCAGGAGUUCCACCAGGAGUUAACGGAGACCAUGAAGGGCUUGCAGCGGCGGGUCCAAGACCCCCCCUUGCAGCUCCGAGAUGCUGUGCUCCUCAACAACAUUGUGCAGAAUUUUGGCAUGCUGGACCUGGUGAAGAAGGUACUGGCCAGCCACAAGUGCCAGAUGGACCGCUCACGGGAGCAGUAUGCCCGGGACCUAGCAGCCCUGGAGCAGCAGUGUGACGAGCACCGCCGUCGUGCCAAGGAGCUCAAGCACAAGUCACAGCACCUUAGCAACGUGCUCAUGACACUGACGCCUGUGUCCCUUCCCCCCCCAGUGAAGCGGCCCCGGCUGGCACGGGCCACGUCAGGACCUGCUGCUGUGGCCUCACAGGUGCUCACCCAGUCUGCCCAGAUUGCACUGGGCCCAGGCGUGCCCGUCUCGCAGCUGACCAGCGUGCCACUGGGCAAAGUGGUGUCCACUCUGCCCUCCACCGUCCUGGGCAAGGGCUCCCCUCAGGCUCCUCCCGCCAGCUCUCCCACCUCCCCGCUGCUUGGGGGUUACACAGUCCUGGCCUCCUCGGGCUCUACAUUCCCCAGCACUGUGGAGAUUCACCCGGACGCAUCCAGCCUGACAGUCCUGAGCACGGCCGCUGUGCAGGACGGCAGCACAGUGUUCAAGGUGGUCAGCCCAUUACAGCUGCUUACCCUGCCUGGUCUGGGCCCCACCCUACAGAACGUGGCCCAGGCAUCGCCUGGGGGUAGCACCAUUAUGACAGUGCCUACAGGGGCUGCCCCAGGGCCCGAGGAGCACACGGCCACCAUCGAGGUAGCCACCAUGGCAGAGGACCACGAGCAGAAGUAGCUGGCAGAAGCGAGGCCCCUGGGGCGGACAGAGCUGCUGCCUCUCCUCAGGUGGAGCACAGUGCCCUGGCACAGGGCUGGCUCGGGUGGGCGGGUCAUGUGGGCUGCUGAACCAAAGAGAGGAAUCACCAAACAUGCAGAGAAGAGAGAGCCGAACGAUAAGAGCAACCUGGGAAUUGGUCUCCAAGUUCAAACUUCUUCCCCCUUUUUCUUGGGAAAUAUAUUUUUCCAUCUGUUGCUUGUUAAUGCUGUUAACACACUGGGCCUUGAUUAGGAACCAGGUGGACAAGGACAGGAGGGCCUGGGUGCUGCCAGGAUGGAGAGAGCAGAGCCAGGUGCCAGGCGCCCAAGACCCUGAAGGCACUGGCGGUGCUGCAGCCCUGCUGGGCACUCCCAGGGUCAGUGAGGCCCCUGUGCUGGCUGGGCAACAUUACUCACAUGUCUUGGGAACCUCACCCAAGUGUGGAAUCCCUGGAUCCUAUGGAUUUGGUUUCUUCCCACAGUUUUCUGUAGGUUUAGUGUAGCUGGAGCCCUGUUCUGCCUGUGUGGGAACAUGCACUGUGGGGUUGGAGUGCAGAUCUGGGUGGGCUCUCAUCUUCCCACCCAGCAGGUGCUUAGGUAUCUGAGGGGCCGCACAGACUAGGUGUGGUCCAAGCGCCAUGGCACAUAUACUGUGGGUCUAGGAAGAGUUAAAUUUAUGGCAUUUUCAACCAAAACAAUGCUGAGUGCCUAGGCUUCUCAAGUUAGCUCUGGGAGUGGGCCUAGAGUUUGUGAGUCCACCUGACCAGGUAUGGAGUCCUAAGUGGUCUCCCUGAGAUGGCCACUCUGGGGCCCGAGAUCAUGGGUGCAUCCCUAAGAUGUGGGUCCUGGGGCGGAGGCGUGAGUGGAGGAGAAGGCUCCGUGCAGAAUUUGCAAGUGUGUGGCCCCAUGUGCAGCCUGCUCAUGGGGCCACCUGACUCAAGUCCUGAGGCCCCUGGGAAUGACACAUGGUGUCCCUGGUCCAGGGGAGAGCCCAGGGCAGACUGGCUAGGGCCAGCUGGGAAAAGUAUGGCCCAGGCACACCUGCAGGGCUGUCCCACCUCCAGGCCACAGCCCUGAAGCCUAACCUCUCAGGGGCAGCACACCCCAGGGCUCCUACUGUCUCCUGUAGGCUGGAGGCCCCUCUCCUGGGGGCCCUGCAGUGGGAGGCAGCUGCUCUGGAGGGAGCUGUCCAAAUAUCCAUCCAUGGAGUGCCCCAAGCCCCACUUAGCACUGCUGUGAUGGGGCCUGUCCUGCCCCACCCUUGUCAGGCUACUGAGUUUUUCUCUUUUUUGCUUUCUUCCUGUUGCAUUUCUAUAUGUUGUUACAAGUCAGCUGGUUUCAGCUGGUCAGCUGGUUUAUGUGUUUGUGUACAUACUCCUUUUUUAAACUCAUUUUUACUCAAGUGUGAAUCUUGUCAUGGGUGGCAGUGUGGCCCUGGGCUUCUGCAGGGCCCUGUUUCCACCCACCAGCUCAGCUGUGUGACCAUGGGGCUCUCUGGCCCAAGAGUUGGGACUUCCACAGGCUUCCCCUUGUCAGGGUCACAUGUGCAUCUCCCUUCACAGCUGCCCCCAAGUUGAACUUGAAGUGGGUUGUGGGUCAGUUCUUUCCAUCAAAAGGCAAGGGUGGGACCUGUUCUGCCCCUGCCCCUCAGUUGGAGGGGACUGACCAGAGGUUGAUGUCGUAGCCCUGUAGGAAUAACCCUCAAACCAGCUUUGGGAUUAGCGCUCAGCUGCCCAUUCUAGUGGGCUGGGUGGCCAUUCCCAGGGCUCCCACAAAGCCACAUGCAGCUGCUCUUGGCAGGGGCUCCAUGCUCAGGGUUGUUGGCACUGCCUUUGUUCCCACUGGCAGGCCCCCGUGCCCCUCAAGGUCCUCUGGGCUCCCCAGAUGGCUGCACUCCUAGGACCCCUUUGUCCUGCCCCUUGGGGUCUGAGCAGGACGCAGAAGGGAAGCCCUCUCGGCCACCUGCCAGACACAGGUUUUGUGUCUGCCUUUGGUCUGGUGUCCUGAGCAAGUAGGUUGGGUUGAUUUUUCAGAGGGUAAGAACUCCAUCUGCUCAAAGGCAGCCUGGGGAAGGGCCACGUUUGAGUUCUGCUUUGUAUGUUGUUUUGCAAGUAUCUGCUUGGUACUUUGAUUUAAAAUAAAAACA